AUUUAGUUUUAUUGAAAUUAUUGUGUGAUUGACAUUUUUGGAAAAGUUUGUUUGUCAUCCGAAAAUUUAUGUGUUUCAACACUUGCUUGAAACGUAACCUAACCGAGUAACUUGGUCUAUUGGGUGAUGACUGCGCUAUACAUAACUGAAAAUGUCUACAAUUAUACAACCUAUUGUAGUUUGUCACUGCGUUAAUGAGUUGAUCAAACAAAAAAUGCUACUGCUUUGAACAGAAAAGUGGAGUUGUCCACUCUGGGUUUUUCCUAACGUUCAAAUAGUUUAGUGGCGAGCAUUUUCCAGAGUGUAGCGCCCCAUCUUUCUCUUUGUGGGACCACUUCUCUUGUUGUUUUCCCGUCUUUUUGUUUCUAGCCGAUCUAGCCGACACUCUCCUCCGACUUUCUGAGUGGGCGCACAGUCGAACUGGCUUGCCGUACGCCCUGAAACAAUCCGAUACGAUCCGAUUCGAUCCCCGGCGAGAUCCCAACGGGCCGUUCGGUUCAGUUCCGCUAGUCAGUUGGCCGCGCUCGACGGAACAGUCGUUAUUCCGCUGACCUCGGCGAUCGGCGUUUUAGUACCUCCUCGGGUUGGGUCACCUGUUUUGGGGGAAUUCGCACGACGAGCACGUACGGCUUGUUCUAGCCGAUUCCCCAUCAGUGUUCUCAACUGUAGAUACCAAAAGCGAAACUAACUCACGAUGUAAUAAGCCAAAACAAACAGUUCGCGUUUAGAUUAGUGGAGUGUUUUAAGGGGUUACCACAAUUUGACGGUAGAAACAAGACCAAAACCUGAAAAGGCCUUUUUUGCAAGUGAAACUUAAUGUUAUAAAGCAUACAAUUUUUGUUCAGCACUUAAAGUGCUUUGUGCCCACAACCAAAAUAAAAACAAAUUAACUUGAACAGUAUUUUGUCGAACAUCAACUUUUAAAGAUGCCACAGGGUCAUCAAAAAACAAUUUGAAAUAUAAAUAACGACACUACAAAUCUGUUCGAAAUAUGAGUUUAUUGUGGAUAUAAUUAACUAAUUAGGAAAGCUUUUUAAACAUUUCAAUUGUUUGUCGCUCGGUGCGGUUUUUCCUAUUCCAAUAUAAAACCUGUGCUCAAAACCAGAAAAAUAUCCUCAAGUUUCUAAGGGUUUUCGAGUCUCGACCAUAGAAAAACUGCAAUAAAACUUUAAGAAACGGCCAAUGCAGGGCUAGCAAAACAGCUCGGUUGGCGAAGCAAUGGAGUGGACGUGGUUUAAGGACUGGUGGCGCCUGAAGAAGCUCAGGUCGCGCCACCAGCGGCACAAGAAGAAGCUCGAGGCAGCUGCCGCAGCGGCUGGAGCUGCAGUGACCGCUGCGGCGGUGCUUCCUGGUGCGGAAUGCUUGGAGGGAGCCGGCCAAGGGGAUCCGCAGAACAGUCGCCGCCACAGCCUGGACGCACUGCCAUCCCACGGAACGGGGGCCAGGCGUCGCAGGGGGCGUGGUCGCGACAGGCUGCGCCGGAACCGGCUGCUGCAACGCCAGCGACGGAGCCAAAGUGCCGGAGCCCACAGUCAGCCGGGCACGGGAAUUCCGCUCGGCAGAGGCAAAGACAACCAGGACGAAGAUGAUGACGGGGAGUACGGACCCUUCAACGUCAGCGAUUACGAGGACUACGGUCCAAGUCAUGGCAGCGGAGAGGACAGCGAUGAUUUCUGCUUCUGCGAUGUCUGUAUGAAUGGCGACACUGACUUCGGGGACAGCAAUGACGGCAUGGACUCCGACACGAGCACCUCGUCCAGCAACAGCAAGCAGGUGGUCGUCGGCAUCUGCGCGAUGGCCAAGAAGACCCAGUCGAAGCCGAUGAAGGAGAUCCUCACGCGGCUCGGCGAGUUCGAGUUCAUCAAGCUAGUGACAUUCGAGGAGAACGUGAUCCUGCGGGAACCCGUCCAGAACUGGCCCACCUGCGACUGCCUGGUGUCGUUCCACUCGAAGGGCUUCCCGCUGGAGAAGGCCAUCGAGUACGCCCAGCUGCGGAACCCCUUUGUGCUGAACAACCUGCACAUGCAGUACGACAUUCAGGACAGGAGGCGGGUGUACGCCAUCCUCGAGAAGGAGGGCAUCGAGAUACCCCGCUACGCGGUCCUCGAUCGCGACUCUCCGGAUCCGAAGCAUCACGAGCUGAUCGAGUCCGAGGAUCAUGUGGAGGUCAACGGCAUCACCUUCAACAAGCCGUUCGUGGAGAAGCCCGUCUCGGCGGAGGACCACAACAUAUACAUCUACUACCCGACGUCGGCGGGCGGUGGCAGUCAGCGGCUCUUCCGGAAGAUCGGGAGCCGGAGCAGCGUGUACUCCCCGGAGUCGAGGGUGCGCAAGACGGGGUCGUUCAUCUACGAGGACUUCAUGCCCACCGAUGUGUACUUUUCAGGCACGGACGUCAAGGUGUACACCGUGGGGCCGGACUACGCCCACGCGGAGGCGCGCAAGAGUCCCGCCCUGGACGGCAAGGUGGAGCGGGACAGCGAGGGCAAGGAGAUCCGCUACCCGGUGAUCCUCAACCACUCCGAGAAGCUCAUCUCGCGCAAGGUGUGUCUGGCCUUCAAGCAAACCGUCUGCGGAUUCGAUCUGCUGCGCGCCAACGGCAAGAGCUACGUGUGCGACGUCAACGGGUUCAGCUUCGUGAAGAACUCGAACAAGUACUACGACGACUGCGCCAAGAUCCUGGGCAACAUGAUCCUCAGGGAGCUGACGCCCACGCUGCACAUCCCCUGGAGUGUGCCCUUCCAGCUGGACGAUCCGCCCAUCGUGCCCACCACCUUCGGCAAGAUGAUGGAGCUGCGCUGCGUGGUGGCCGUCAUCCGGCACGGCGACCGCACGCCCAAGCAGAAGAUGAAGGUGGAGGUGCGGCACCCCAAAUUCUUCGAGAUCUUCGAGAAGUACGACGGCUACAAGCUGGGCCACGUCAAGCUGAAGCGACCCAAGCAGCUGCAGGAGAUCCUGGACAUCGCCCGCUUCCUGCUCAGCGAGAUCCACACGAAGGCCCACGCCGAGAUCGAGGAGAAGGAGAGCAAGCUGGAGCAGCUGAAGAACGUCCUCGAGAUGUACGGCCACUUCUCGGGCAUUAACCGCAAGGUCCAGAUGAAGUACCAGCCGAAGGGUCGGCCGCGCGGCUCCAGCUCCGAUGACACCAAUCUAGCAGCGGAACAGCCCGUGGAGCCAUCGCUGGUCCUCAUCCUCAAGUGGGGCGGCGAACUGACGCCAGCCGGUCGCAUCCAGGCGGAGGAGCUCGGCCGCAUCUUCCGGUGCAUGUAUCCCGGAGGCCAGGGAAGGUCGGACUACUCGGGCACCCAGGGCUUGGGCCUACUAAGGUUGCAUUCGACGUUCCGGCACGACCUGAAAAUCUACGCCUCGGAUGAGGGCCGAGUUCAGAUGACGGCUGCUGCCUUCGCCAAGGGUUUGCUGGCCCUGGAAGGCGAGCUCACUCCCAUUCUCGUCCAGAUGGUGAAGAGUGCCAACACGAAUGGGUUGUUGGACAACGAUUGCGACUCCAGCAAGUAUCAAAACCUGGCUAAAGGUCGCCUCCAUGAGCUUAUGCAGAACGAUCGGGAGUUCACCAAGGAGGACCGCGAGCUGAUCAAUCCGUGCAACAGCAAGUCGAUCACCCAGGCGCUGGACUUCGUGAAGAACCCGGUGGACUGCUGCCACCACGUGCACCUGCUCAUCCGCGAGCUGCUGCACAUCAUCAGCAUCAAGAAGGACGACCCGAAGACCAAGGAUGCCAUUCUGUAUCACGGCGAGACCUGGGACCUGAUGCGCUGCCGCUGGGAGAAGAUCGAGAAGGACUUCAGCACGAAGUCGAAGCUGUUCGACAUCUCCAAGAUCCCGGACAUCUACGACUGCAUCAAGUACGACCUGCAGCACAAUCAGCACACGUUGCAGUACGACCAGGCGGAGGAGCUGUACAUCUACGCGAAGAACCUGGCCGACAUCGUCAUUCCGCAGGAGUACGGACUGACGCCGCAGGAGAAGCUGGCCAUUGGGCAGGGCAUCUGCUCGCCGCUGCUGCGGAAGAUCAAGGGCGACCUGCAGCGGAACAUCGAUGAGGUGGAGGACGAGUUCAUGAACCGCCUGAAUCCGCACUACAGCCACGGCGUGGCCAGUCCGCAGCGGCAUGUCCGCACCCGGCUCUACUUCACCAGCGAAUCGCACGUGCACUCGCUGCUCACAGUGCUGCGCUACGGGGGAUUGCUCAAUGUGGUCACCGACGAGCAGUGGCGGCGGGCCAUGGACUACAUCUCGAUGGUGUCGGAGCUCAACUACAUGUCGCAGAUCGUCAUCAUGCUCUACGAGGACCCCACCAAGGACCCCACCUCCGAGGAGCGCUUCCACGUCGAGCUGCACUUCAGUCCGGGCGUCAACUGCUGCGUGCAGAAGAACCUGCCGCCGGGUCCCGGAUUCCGGCCGCAUUCGCACGGCGACAAUGCCUGCAACGUGAGCCUGCAGUCCUCGGAUGAGUCGAACCCCGCCAGGAUCGAGGAGGAGAACGACUCGAAUUCGGGAGAGGAGCGGGAGGGCAAGAAGCGUUCGACCACUGGACAAAGAAGCUCCGACCGCAGCGCAGAACGCACCUCGCCCGCCUUCGGAUUCAACCGACUGGAGCUGCGGUCCAAGCAGUUCAAGUCGAAGCCCAUACCCAUCGGAGCCCAUCACACGGUCAGUGGCCACGAGGCGAUGGACCUGGCCAAGCGGCUGAACGAGGAGCUGGCCUCGCAGCAGCAGCAGCAGCAACAGCAGCAGCAGAACCAGCAGCUCCGCCCCAUCAGUCCGGACAUCCGGGCGGUGAGCCCCGACUGCGAGCCGCGCUCCCGGAGCUUCGAGCAGCGUCCCUCCUCCGGCGUCUGCGCCAAGGAGCCGGUGGCUGCACCUCCAGACUUCGGAGAGAGAGACUUUCAGGCCUCAACUUCUGAAUUCGGGGACAUGGCCCAGGCUCGUACGCCCGAAUUCGGCGAGAUAGCCCAUGCUCGAGUGGGCGUGGCCGGCAACUCGGAAGGAGGAGCUCACUCAAAGGCCGGAGUACGUACGGCCUUCCAGAUUCGGGUCACGAACAGUUUGUCCUUCUUCAAAAUAGACUCCUCGACGAACGAGCUGCCCUUGUCGGACAUCGACUUCUCGCUGCACCCAGCCACGCCCCAAUGCGGUCCGAUGUCGCACAAACGCCUCCACGUGCUGACCAUGCGGCGCAUGGAGAGCUGCGACGAGGGCGACGACCUCGAGCAGCUGCGCCACCUGCCGCAGAUCUCGCCGAUGGCCACCAACGAGCGUCCGCUGAGCUCGUGCAACUGCAACUGCAGCGGCUCGGCCUCGCAUGCGCACUCGCACUCCAAGAGUCUGAUGGACUUGGGCCAGGCGACAACGGCGGCGUCUUCGCCACCAGAAGCUGGCCAGGAUUCGGAGGCGGGUGGAGAGCCGACAGCGGCGGCGGCGGAGGUGAGUGCCAGCAGCUUCGACGAUGACUUCCAGUUGUCCAGCUCGGCACCGGCCAUCCUGAUGAGCUCGCACUUUGGCCAACGGCCCGCGGUGGCUACUCUGUCGCCCAUGACCCAUGCCACCACCUCUCCAACGGCCUCCACCCUGCGGCUCUGCCACGACAUGGACAAGGCAUCGGCAUCGGCUUCGUCUUCGGCUUCAGCAUCUGCCCAGCGCAAGGCCACCAGUAGCUCCUGUGGCCAGCUGUCCAUGCCGGCGUCGGCUCCUGUUGUGGCAGAAAACCCGUUUCGCUUCACUGUUUCGUCAGUGGGUGCGCCAUCAGCGCCACCUAGCGGCGUUUUUGUGAGCUGCUUCGAGCCCAUCGAAGAGCUGGUCACGCCCACUUCGGAGGCGGAAGCAAGGCCAUCGCAGCCAGAGCCGCAAGUGGUCUACAACUUGCCCACGUUGCUGAUAACGGGCACCGCAAGUAGCACAGAACUGACGAGCUCGAGCAGCUCAAGUAGAACGACAGUUACAACAACAGCUUUCACAAUGGGUACACCAACAGAUAGAAAGAUAUCCAAAGAUGAAGCUAUACUAACAGAAAUAGACAGAAGUACAGAGACAGCAACUAGUGCAGCAACUGAUACAGAAACCGAUACAAAAACAGAUAUAACAAUAGAUUCACCAACGGUUACAGCGAAAGAUACACCAACGGUUACACCAACAGAUACAGCAACGGGCACGGGAAAAGGUACACCAGCGGGUACACCAACAAUUACAGCAACCGAUUUCACAAAAGGUAUAAAGAGUGUCACACCAACACACACAGCUUCUCCAACAGCCAGCCCCACAUCCUCACCCACAUUUACACCACAACCCACCACCACCACCACCACAACAACAACAGCAGCAGCUGCAGCUGCAGCAGCAGCAGCGGCUUUGUUUGAUAAUACAACAACAAUGUCUUCUAAUCAACCAUUUACUAACCAAUUCCAAUCGAUCGAUCCCACCUCAAACGCCGCACCACACCAACAUCACCACCAAAACUCGACAACGAUCACCAAUCAACAACCACAACCACAACCGCAACCACAACAAUCAUGCACCAUCAACAAUACACUGAACGAAAACACCACCGCCACUGCCACUGCCACGAAUACAAAAACAAAUACCAACACCACUACCACGACCCCGUCUUGUUGUACCAAUACCAUCGCCACAGAUAGCCAAGUCUCGGUGUCGGUUUCGGCCUCGGUGUCAUCGGCCAACUCGUCCACCUCGUCGCGUCGCCAAAGACACAGUAUUGCCGGCCAGAUGUCCUAUAUGAAAAUGUUGGGUUUCGGUGGUUUUAGCAAAAAGAUGGCCACCAGCACAAAUAGCCUUUUCAGCACCGCCGUCAUCAGCGGCAGCUCGUCCGCUCCCAAUCUCCGCGACAUGAUACCGGUCUCGUCGUCCGGGUUUGGCGAUGUGCCACCAAUCCGACCGCUUGAGACGCUGCACAACGCCCUGUCCCUGCGUAAGCUGGACAGCUUCCUGCAGGACAUGAUCCUGGCGCAGAUCUUCAAGACGCCGACAGGAUCGCCGCCACGUGGCUUCGCCAAGAGCACCUUGCCGGCCGUCUCCUCGAUGACGCUAAAUGCCUCCAAUCAGGCGGAGGCAUUAGUCAGCAAUGAAACGCCGCCUGCGGAAAAGCAGUCAAUUUCUACUACCGCCACUCCGACCUUCGACCGGCGUGGCAGCGAGUCCGGAUCCACAAACAGUCCGCAGCUCCACCCGGAGAGUCAGUGCCCCGACAUCGCCGGAAGCAACUCCUCGGUGAUGCAGCCGUCGGCGGGGAAGAUGCAGCUUUGGCCGCAAGAUAGUCUCCAGGCAGCUGAGGAGGAGGAUAUGUCCCUACCAGAUUUGGAAAUGAAACCGAGCCUGGAUCUUACCAUGGAGAUUAUGGAACAGGGUGCCUCGGCAGCUCCCGCUGUCUUCGAGCCCAUGAACAGAAUGGAAUCUGGCGAGGAGGCGGCGGGCGGGGGAAUCUUCUUGAGCGUCUGCGAGGAGCAGGAAGGCGGCAGCACCUGCCUCACGCCAGUCAGCUUCGGCAUGGAUCUGGACCUGAGCAUGGUGGCCAACAAGGGCUCCAUGACCUUGUCUGUGGAUGGAUUCGAGGACGACGAGGAUGCCACUUUGUCGGCGGCGACAACACCUUCUCUGCCGGCGGACUGUGAGCCGCGACUGGAGACCUGCUACUGUUGUCCCAUCCACGCGGAAGGUCCUCCCGAGGUGCCCAGUGACGAUCCGCGCUUUGGCUUCGCCCUGCCGGUCCGCGUCACCCAGGCUUCGCCGGAGCACGUGCGACCCGUCCGCCGAGCCCACGAUCCCGUGUCGCCGCGGAUCCAGAAGCAGAUCAGCCUGUUCGAGGGCACCGCGGCCCAGGCUGCCGGCCAGGAGAAGGCCGACUCGAGCGGCUCGGUGGGGGCCGGGGCGGCCCUGCACGCCUCCAUCAACCUGCCCACCGCCGGGCCGCAGCAUCUGCGCCACGAUGCCCGGCUGCGCAAGUUCGAGAACCUCACGCAGUCCACCUCGAACUCGAACUUCCCCUUCGAGAGCAACACCCUCAAGCGGGUGCCCAUGCAGGCCACCGACGACUACGCCAACGUGAGCCACACGCAGAGCUGCAUCAACCUCAAGAGCGGCAGCAGCGGAGUCCUCGGGGGAUCCCCGCAGCAUCAGAGAGGAGGAUCCAGUGGAGGAGGAGGAGCACCUGGAGCAAGCGGAGCUGCUGGUGGAGUGCCGCCGGAUCGGGAGCCACCGCGAGCCCACUAUGGACGGAUGAUCAACGCCUGCUGCUCCGCCUCGGCCUCGCCGUCCCCCUCGCCUUCUCCUUCGCCGGGAGCGCUGAUUGUCAAGGAGCGGUUCAUCGAACCGCCGAAGCGGGGCGUCGUGCGCGGAUAUCACGGCAAGACGCAGUCCAUGGACGCCGACUUCCUGUUCAACGAGUUUCUGCUGCUGCCGGCCAUGUCGCCCGCCAAGCUCUCGUUUGAUAGCACCGAUAUCGAUCAGGCCAGCGAUGACGAGGCGCCCAGCGCCUCCAAGCCGUGCCACUCUUAACUUUCGAAAUAAAAUUCUCAAAGCACUCGCACUCUCUUAAGCCACGCCUAUCUCACUCGAACAAGCUGCUGUUACUGCGGGCGCUAUCGGAAAAAUCGUCAUCGCUAUCGAGGGUGUUAUCGCAUAUAUCGACUCGCUGUCGGGCUCUUUAAUCUUAAUCAAACUGUUUGUUGUUGUUGGGCCAAGAAAAUAAAUAUAAAAGGCUAAUCUCUAUUUUUUGUCCGUAAA